AUGGAGCAUUAUUCGGAUCAACAGAAAAAAAAUUCUCAGCGUUUUUCACAUUCUCCUUUAAAUGCUUCUGCACCAACAUCACAUUCCACUUCCCCAAUCUCUGACUACGAAAGACGUGUAAUAAAAGAUCAUAUAAGGCCCGAUGUCUCUGAUUCAAAUGCACUCCCUCCAAUAGUUAAUUAUUCCAAUAAUGAUGAUGACGAUGAUAACAAUGGUUCAUAUUUUAACAAUGUUAAUUAUAAUAACGAUCCGUCUGGUACAUUCAAUUAUGAUAACCCAUCACAAAAUUUAGGAAAAUAUGGUUCCAAGUAUUUUAACAAUAACGAAGAUAAUAUGAAUUAUGAGAAUUCUCAACCUGCUGUUACUACUGCUACCUAUUCUCAUGUUCCUAAUCAUAAAGUUCGACACUCUCAUAGUUCAGAUAUUACUUUUGACAAAUUAUAUGUUAAUAAUGUAGUCGCAGAAACAUCACCUAAAGUUCCUUCAAGGCCAAUUAUUAAACAAAAUAAAUCCGACAGUCCUCUACCACCUCUACCAUCACCAUCCAUUAAAAAACAAAAUGAAGAUUUUUCAAAUCAUUCAAGUUCUUCUUCUUCUUCAAUAAAUGUAUCAGGUAAAGAUACUAAAACAUCGUCACCAACUACCAAGCAUUAUCAACUAAAGAAAUCAAGUCAAGUUUUUAACAUUAAAACAAGUGCUUCUCCUGAUGUCACCCCUCCUCAACCAAAUAACCAACAACCAAUUCCACAACCACUUAAUUAUCAACAACAACGACCAUUGCACUUCUCACCACCACAACAAUCACAACAAUCACAACAAUCACAACAACCAGCAUAUACACAAACUCAACAUUUGCCACCACAACUUCCACCACCACAACAACCUCUUCCUCCACUACCGCCGUCAAAGAAUCAAGAUAAAGAGCCCCAAGCUAGACUACAAAAAUAUUCUGAAAACAUUUUUACUUAUACUGAUAAACAAUCACAACAAAUGCCACAAUCAAUAUCACCGCCACAACCACAACAAUCAUCACAAAAUACAAACAAUGCUUUGUUAAAUAACAAUAAAUCUGCCUACACAGAGGAUCUACAAGAUCAUUCUACAAAUUUAGAUACUUUCUCAAAUUCUAAUACAGUUGCAUUAGAAAAAAUUGAUGAACACUCUGACGAUAUACCACUUGAGAUCAAGAAAAAAAAUAAUGAUGGUGAUGGUGAUAUUUUACCAAUUAAUGAGUUACCUAUUACGUUGGGAAAAACUUUUACUCCUCAUAUAAUAUUUAGAGACGAUGAUGUUCCUGGUCCAAAGGUUCAUACACCACCUUCUAAUAGUACAUCUAAUUUUAACUAUAAUUAUAAUAUACGACAGAGUAACGAUAAUAGUACAGCAGCUUAUCAAGGUUUUUCAAAUGACAAUUACAUUCAACAAAAUAAUGGUAUAGGUUCGAAUUACAUCAAUAACUCUAAUUAUCAAUAUCAUCCUCAAAAAAGAUUAUCAUCGUCACCGUCUGUAUCGAUUAAUAAUCAAAAUCAACAAUAUCAUUAUCAACAGCAACAAAAUGGAGUUUCAAGUUCACCCGACAAUCGAAAAAUUCAGGAUGAACCAAAUAAUGAAGUAGUUGAUCAAUUAAAUGAACUUGGCAUCUCUAAUGAUGAUAAUAAGGAUACCAUCGCCACAAUUAUAUCUAAUAACAAUAAUAUUAAUUCAUCUGAAAAUCAACCUCAAAAUUUAUACCUAUCUCCUACUAACAAUCAAACAGAUAACUCACAACUAGAGGAUAUAAUGGUGAAACUUAUUUCGAUACAAAUAAUCGAAUGA